ACUCCCAUCGAGUGAUCUACCAAAAUCUCACUCCCCAGCUGAAAAAACUUGGUCAGAUUCGAGCAUCUUCAGCUUUAUCUCUUUCAGAAUUUACCUAGAAAGAGAUCAAAAUUUAACCUGAUGAUUAGAUUUUCUCACGUUCCACUGUUUUUCUUGCUGUUGAUCGCAACGAUCGUCCGGAAAUCCUUGUGCAGUUCGAUAAUCAAUCCGUCCAAAGUCAAAAGCAUCUCAUGGAAACCCAGAGCAUUUGUGUACGAAGGUUUUCUAACGGAUGAAGAAUGCAAUCAUUUAAUAUCUCUGGCAAAAUCUGAGCUGAAGAGGUCAGCAGUGGCGGACAAUGUGUCUGGGAAGAGUAAGCUAAGUGAGGUCCGGACUAGCUCCGGGAUGUUUAUACCAAAAGCAAAGGAUCCUAUUGUUGCUGGCAUAGAAGAGAAGAUUGCUACUUGGACAUUUUUACCACAAGAAAAUGGAGAAGACAUACAAGUAUUGCGCUAUGAGCCUGGACAGAAAUAUGAUCCUCAUUACGACUAUUUUGCGGACAAGGUCAAUAUAGCUCGUGGUGGACACCGGGUAGCUACUGUGUUAAUGUAUCUUACAGAUGUUGAAAAAGGAGGGGAAACUGUGUUUCCCUCUGCAGAGGAAUCACCUCGUCGUAGGUCUGUGUCAACAGAUAAAGAUCUUUCUGAGUGCGGAAGGCAAGGUCCUGCAGUGAAGCCACGGAAAGGGGACGCACUUCUCUUUUUUAGUCUCACUCCAGAUGCAGUCCCAGAUCCUAUGAGUCUGCAUGCUGGCUGCCCUGUGGAUGAAGGCGAGAAGUGGUCCGCAACAAAGUGGAUUCAUGUGGAUUCUUUCAACAAAGUUGUGGGUGGAAAUUGCACCGACGCAGAUGAAAAUUGUGAAAGAUGGGCAUCCCUUGGGGAAUGUACAAAGAAUCCGGAGUACAUGGUUGGAUCUUCAGAUCUUCCAGGAUACUGCAGGAAGAGUUGCAAAGUAUGUUAAACUCUUAGACUGCUCCCUCCCAUGGACAUUCACUUUGUUGAAUCACCAGUUCUCGUUGAUUUUGGAACAUUUACUUCGCUCAAAUAGUAGUUCUCGUUAUUUUGCUUCUGUAUCCCACAUUCUGAAUUUUUUCCUUGUACUAUUCUUACAUCAUGUUGUUCACCAAAUUCUGACUCUCUGUUAGGAAAUGAUAUACAGACUGAAAAAACUUUUCUCUUGCUUCA